AUGUCUGAGCGUAAUAUCCGGCAUAGCACGGAGUACAAGAUUAAUUGCCGUACCACUGCGCACAACUACAACGCUCCAUUUCCCUACCUAGGAGCGAGUAGAGCCCUCUCCCAUAUCGACACCGAUGUAACCGACGUGAAGCUUCUUCUCACUGAUCUCGGAUCCCGCCACGCCAUAUGCGAUCAGAUCGAUCGCAAACAGGCCAAAUCACUAAACCCUAUCGUCGCAAUGGCGCACUCCGCACGUUUUGCUGGGCAAAUGGUGGCGGCCACCAAGCACACACGACUAUGCCAGAUUCAGGGGAGAACCGCGCAGAAAAAGUGGAAAUUGGAGGCUGUCAAAUGGGGCGAGGCGAUAUCUCGAGCUGGAAAGGGGCAAACUCCACUCGACCCGACGGCUUCGCUUAUGCUUAACAUCGCCCGCAAGACUCUACAACGUGUGCCCAGCUUCCAGGAUAUCCUCCAAGGCAGAAUGAGCCACCCAGACAUUUCUGUUGACGUUCUCGUCAUUGGUGCCGGCCCAACUGGACUGGGUGCUGCGAAGCGAUUGAACCAGAUUGAUGGUCCAUCAUGGCUCAUUGUCGACUCGAACGAGAUUCCCGGUGGUCUUGCCUCGACCGAUGUCACUCCUGAGGGCUUCUUGUACGAUGUCGGUGGCCAUGUCAUCUUCUCUCACUACAAAUACUUCGACGACUGCAUUGAUGAAGCUCUCCCCAAGCCAGACGACUGGUACACCCACCAGCGUAUCUCUUACGUCCGCUGCCAGGGCCAAUGGGUCCCUUACCCUUUUCAGAACAACAUCUCCAUGCUUCCCAAGCAGGAGCAGGUUCGCUGCAUUGAGGGCAUGAUCGAUGCCGCUUUGGAAGCCCGUACCGCCACCACCAAGCCCAAGACCUUCGACGAGUGGAUUCUCCGUCAAAUGGGCACUGGUCUUGCCGACCUUUUCAUGCGACCCUACAACUUCAAGGUGUGGGCCGUUCCCACCACCAAGAUGCAAUGCGCCUGGCUUGGUGAGCGUGUUGCCGCUCCCAAUGUCAAGGCUGUGACUACCAACGUCAUCCUGAACAAGACUGCCGGAAACUGGGGUCCUAAUGCCACCUUCCGUUUCCCCGCCCGUGAUGGUACCGGCGGUAUCUGGAUUGCCGUCGCCAACACUCUCCCCAAGGAGAAGACCCGCUUCGGCGAGCACGGAAAGGUCGCCAAGGUGAACCCCAACACCAAGGUCGUUACCAUGGCCGAUGGUACUACUGUCGGUUACGAGAAGCUUGUUUCCACCAUGGCUGUUGACGCUUUGGCGGAACAAAUUGGAGAUGAGGAGCUUAUUGACCACACCAAGGAGCUCUUCUACUCUUCCACCCACGUCAUUGGUGUUGGUAUCCGUGGAGAGCGCCCUGAGCGUAUUGGAGACAAGUGCUGGCUCUACUUCCCUGAGGACAACUGCCCAUUCUACCGUGCCACUAUCUUCUCCAACUACUCGCCAUACAACCAGCCAGACGCAUCUAAGAAACUCCCUACCCUUCAGCUCGCUAACGGCUCUCGCCCAGCCAACAGCGAACCCAAGGCUGGUCCUUACUGGUCCAUCAUGUUGGAAGUCUCUGAAUCUUCAUACAAGCCCGUUGACCUUGAGAAUAUCUUGAAGGACUCCAUCCAGGGUCUUGUCAACACCGAGAUGCUCAAGCCAGGUGACGAGAUCGUCUCCACCUACCACCGCCGCUUCGACCACGGUUACCCUACCCCAUCCCUCGAGCGUGAGGGUGCCCUCACCAAGCUUCUCCCCAAGCUUCAAGAGAAGGGUAUCUGGUCCCGUGGCCGUUUCGGCAGCUGGCGCUACGAGGUCGGCAACCAGGACCACUCUUUCAUGCUUGGUGUCGAAGCUGUUGACAACAUUGUCAACGGUGCCGUCGAGUUGACCCUCAACUACCCUGACUUCGUCAACGGUCGACAGAACACUGAACGCCGUCUCGUUGAUGGAGCUCAGGUCUUUGCUAAAAAGAAGUAA